AUGGACUUAUCCUUCGGAGAAGAGGUCCUUGCCGGAGACACGCGGUGGAGAAGUGCUCCAAUGGCGACGGUUCAGCUUGUGACUGGUCCAAUUUUCGAUCUCUACUCUCUUUCAAGCUGCGAUGUGGAGUCCUCGUUCCGUUUAGUUGAUGUCAAGGCCCACUUUUCAUUCCGGACAGUCACGUUCGGCUUUAGGCUUAAGGUCGGGAUGGCUAAUAGUUCUGGAGCUUUACUGGUCCUGACUGCGGUUCAGAACCUGACAACUCAAUUCCAUCCUAGCGCUUCAAGGCCAUUCAAAGACAACUGGAGAAUUCAAGUGAAAUGUUUACAUUCGUGGAAGCAAAACACACCUUUUGCAGGUGAUACUUUCGAGAUGGUGUUAGCAGAUCAAUGGGGUAACAAGAUCCAUGCUACUAGCAAACGAUCUCUCAUGCAACGGAUUCAACGUGUCUUACCUAUAGAUUCUUGGGGAGUUAUUGAAUAUGUUACCGUGACUCCAGCUGGUGGUCAAUAUCGAACAACCAACUACAAAUACAAGAUGGUUAUAGCAGAAGACGCUGUGCUAUCAAGAUCGGAUUUAGUUGAUGAUAGAGUUUUCAUAUCGCUUGCUAAUUAUGAAGAAAUUGAGAAUGGAACAAAAAAACAAGCUUUUCUCAUUGACGUGAUAGGAAGAAUUCAUGACCUUGGUGAUGUACAGACUGUACAAGUUUCUGGCGAAGACAGAAAGAGGGUUCUGUUUCGCUUAGUUGAUGCAGAAGGAAACAAUCUUGCAUGCUGUCUGUGGGGAACAUAUGCUGAGCAACUUGAACCGUUUUCUGGUCACGGAAAGGAUCAAACAAUUAUUUGUUUGAUCAGGUUUGCAAAAAUCAAGGAAUUUAGAGGAGAGCUGCAAAUCACUAAUGCUUUUGAUGCGACACGACUGUUCCUGAAUGCAAUGAUCCCUGAAGUUUCUAAUAUAACUCAAAGGCUGUCAAAUGAUGAUCUCUCUGUUGCUUUGGUCCCAAAACCGUCUGGAAAGAAGGAUGGUAAAAGAAUUUUGUAUAACUGGAAUGAUGCUGAGAUCAAAACAAUUGCAGAAGUCGCUGAGGCCAAUCAGGUGGAGAUUUGCAAAAUCAUAUGUACUAUUGAAGCUAUAGAUACAGAUUGGUCUUGGUUCUACAUUGAUUGUAACCGGCACCAAAAACGUGUCCUUAAGAUUCCUAAAGUUGAUUAUGGAAGGAUGACAAAAAAAGAUAAGCCUUUGUUUCGUUGUGAACUAUGUCGUUCUAAUAUCAAUACUGUUGGACCCAAAUUCAAGCUACAUCUGGUUGUGAAAGAUGACUCUGCAACAUGUAAUGUGAUGUUGCUAGGCUCUGUUGGUAAGUCCAUCGUUGGAGUGGAUGCUGAAGAAUUAUGGGAUGGCUCAUAUGAGGAGAUUGAAGAUCCAGAUAUACUACCAGAACCUAUUCUUAGUUUGGUCGGCAAGUCUUUCUGUUUUGAGGUUUGUUCUGGAGAUAAAGUUCUUACUAUCCAGACUGACUCUCAAUCUAAUUCUGAUAUUGUCACAACUUCUUCUACCAUGUCAUCUGGAUCUGCCAUGAUGUUGGAUCAAAUUUCCUCUGAUGAGUGUCCAACUCCUAUAACAAAGCGCAAGGAUGAUGAUUGUGACCUACAGGACCUAACAUCUUCUUCCAAGAAACAAUGCACCAAGAUAAUCAAAGAAGAGAAGAUCAAGAAUGAUUAG